AUGACCUCAAACUCUUCAAAACAUCUCGUUUGUUACAUAGUCUCUCAGGGAUUAGCAAAGACGUCGUCCCUUUUGCCAUCGAAUAAGAAACGAUCAAUAAUCGUCCAUUCUCUGAUUAGCUCGUUGGGCAUCCUAAAUCCACACUUCUCGGACACACACCGCAUACAAGUCGUCAAUCCAAGAAAAGCAACAUAUAAAGAACUAGCAGUAUACCAUAGCAAUGACUAUUUGGACUUUGUCCUCGACUCUAAGAAUUAUGUUUCCUCCGCUGGGGACGCGCCGAUGGACGCGUCUUUGAACGCGAAUUUCGGUUUGGAAGACGACUGUCCUCCAUUUCAAGGACUCCCAGACUACAUUCAACUCGUCGCUGGAGCAGUGCUAACCGCUGCAGAAGUCCUUCGUCAAUCCAAGGCUGAAAUCGCCAUAUGCUGGGACGGUGGCAGACACCAUGCCCAGAAAUCCCAUGCAUCAGGAUUCUGCUACGUUGCAGACUGCAUCCUCGCCAUUCUGGCACUCAAGCGUCGGCUUCCAAGUGCGUAUAUUCCCAACAUGAUUCCCACCCAGAAGCCACGCGUUAUGUAUCUCGAUUUGGACCUACAUUACUCGGACGCCGUCUCCGAUGCAUUUUUCUCUUCGGUUACACCUCAAGUCUUGACUCUGAGCAUUCAUCACUCAGCCCCAGGAUUCUUCCCCGUCUCUGCUCGCAGCCAACUUCCUUCCGUCUCCUCGCCCGACUUUGACCCGUUCACACUGUCAAUUCCCCUACUCAAAGGCGCGUCAAACAGUACCUACGCACGAAUAUGGCCAAUCGUCGAGCGCGUCAAGGAUACUUUCGCACCAGAUUUCAUCGUAAUCCAAUGCGGCGUCGACGCCCUGGCCGAAGAUCCAUGCGCGACGUUUAAUUGGUCCUUGGGUGGGGCAGCAGGGUCUCUAGGCUGGUAUAUCAAUAAGAUAUUAGAAUGGCAAGGAAGUAAGCUGCUGCUUGGAGGUGGUGGGUAUAAUUCCCCAAACGCCGCUCGUGCUUGGGCAUACUUGACGUCGCUUUGUCUACAAAGGCCUCUUAGCCUCGACACAGAGAUCCCUGAUCAUAGUGGAUUUCCCUUAUAUGCACCCUCGUUCACACUGGACGUUCCACGGGGAAACAUGCACGAUCACAAUACAGAUGACCAUCUGAGCUCAGUAGAGGCAGUCUUUCAAGACGUCAUUCCUAUCAUUCAGGCUCGUCUCGAGAGAUGA